AUGUGUGGCUACUACGGGAACUACUAUGGGGGCCGCGGCUACGGCUGUGGCUACGGAGCACUGUUUGGAGAGCUGGGCUCCCCUGUCCUCACCCUGACCCUGGUGGUGAAGAGCUGCACCAUGUGUGGCUACUACGGGAACUACUAUGGGGGCCGCGGCUACAGAGGCUGUGGCUACGGAGGCUGUGGCUACGGAGGCCUGGGCUGGGGCUGUGGCUCCUGCUGUGGCUGUGGUUUCUGGGGACUGGGCUGUGGCUGCGGCUAUGGCUCCCGCUCUCUCUGUGGUUGUGGCUAUGGCUGCGGCUAUGGCUCCCGCUCUCUCUGUGGCUGUGGCUAUGGCUGUGGCCGUGGCUCUGGCUCUGGCUUUGGCUACUACUAUUGA